GGUCUCAUUCGCCGAGAGAGCCAUACACCACUCACCAGCACACAUACAUAACACACAUAACACGCACACACGCACACACGCACACAAGCACAUACCCACCCACAUAAACUCGUCAAACACCGUCCCUCACUGUAUUCCGUCUCACAUCAUUAACUUUGAUCGGAUGAGCUACACUGUGGACACAGUCGGGAGCCCGUUCAGGAGAACUAUGGAUAACAGGACGACCGGCUACGGCUACAGCCGCUCCAGCGGUAUCCCUUCCAGCGGCUUUCGCUCCCAGUCUCGGUCCCGAGCAAGCCCCGGCGCCACCGUGACCUCGUCCUACAAGAGAAGCGUGAACAUGCCGGUGUCCAGAAUGUACAGCUCAACGGUGCACAGCUCCGGCGACAGCGUUGAUUAUGGUCAAACCUCCAUGCUGAACGGAGACUACAGGCGCGCUAACGAGAAAGAGCAACUUCAGGGGCUCAACGACCGGUUUGUCGUUUACAUCGACAAGGUGCACUACCUGGAGCAGCAGAACAAGCAGAUCGAGGAGGAGAUCCACGCACUGCGGCAAAAGCAGGUGUCGCGCUCCGAGCUGGGCAACCACUACGACCAGGAGCUGCAGGAGCUGCGCUCCAUGCUGGAGCAGAUCCACCACGACAAGGUGCAGAUCCAGCUUGACACCGACCACAUCGAGGAGGACAUUCAGCGGCUCAGGGACCGCUUUGAAGAAGAGGCUCGCAUCAGGGAGGAGACGGAGGCCAUAAUCCGCGUCCUGAAGAAGGACACGGGCGACUCAGAGUUGGUGAAGUCUGAGUUGGAUAAGAAAGUUCAGUCGCUGCAGGACGAGAUCGCCUUCAUCCGCAACAACCACGAGGAAGAGGUUAGUGACCUCAUCGCCCAGAUCCAGGCGUCUCAGGUGACCGUGGAGAGGAAAGACCUCCAGAAGACGGACAUCACCGAGGCUCUGCGGGAGAUCCGCUGCGAGCUCGAGGGCCACUCUAACCAGAACCUGCAGCAGGUGGAAAACUGGUUCAUGUGCCGAUUCUCCAAGCUCACCGAGGCUGCAGACCAGAACAAGGACGCCAUCAAGUCCGCUCGCGAUGAGAUAACCGACUACCGCCGCCAACUGCAGUCCAAGACGGUGGAGUUGGAGUCCAUCCGCGGGACAAGAGACUCGCUGGAGAGGCAGCUCAAUGACAUCGAGGACCGCCACAACAGCGAUCUGUCCAGCCUGCAGGAGACAAUCCACCAACUGGACAAUGAGCUCAAAAGCACCAAAUGGGAGAUGGCUCGUCACCUGCGCGAGUACCAGGACCUGCUCAAUGUCAAGAUGGCCUUGGACAUUGAGAUCGCUGCAUACAGGAAACUCCUUGAGGGUGAGGAAACCCACUUCAGCACAUUCCCUUAUCGUCACCCGACCGCUACCAAAGUCUCUAAGCCUAAAUCAGACCCUCCCAAGCUGAAGGUGCAUCACAAGUUUGUGGAGGAGAUCAUCGAAGAGACGAAGAUUGAAGAUGAGAAGUCAGACAUCGACGAGGCCCUGGCGGAAAUAGCACAGGAGCUGUCUGCCACACUCGGGGGUGGGGAAGAUGAGGGGGAGGAAGAAGAGGGGGAAGAGGAAGUCGACGGUCAGGGUGAGGAGGAAGAGGGCGAGGGCGUGGAGGAGGAAAUUGUAGCCGCCACCAGGGCCAAAGUUAGCUCCAGCAAAUCCACUCAGGAGGAAGAGGAUGGACAAGGUGACGAUGAAGAGGAAGAGGAAGAAGGAGAAGAUGAGACUGAAGAUGGGGAGGGAGGUGAUGGAGAAGAGGGAGAGGAAGAGGAGGAAGUUGAGGAGACAGUCUUAUGUUCUAAAGCUCCAGAGUCAAAAGCCUCGCCUGACAAAGAGAAGGCCGGAGACAAAGACAGCAUCGAAGGUGAGGAGGAAGCUUGUGCUGAAGAGGAAGAUGGUGAUCAGGAUCAAGAUGCAGCUGGGGACGAAGAAUCCAAAAGCGGAGAUGAGAAAGAGGAAAAAGAGGAUACGGACAAAGCCAAAGAAAGCGAAAAAGGAGACAAGGAGCUAAGGGAUGAGAAAGAAGAAGAAGCUGUAGCCAAGAUAGAAGUUCCAAAGACAGAAGCUGCAAAGCCAGAAGCUGCAAAGUCUGAAGCUGCAAAGCCAGAAGCUGCAAAGUCUGAAGCUCCAAAGUCAGAAGCUGCAAAGUCUGAAGCUGCAAAGCCAGAAGUUGCAAAGUCUGAAGCUGCAAAGCCAGAAAUUGCAAAGACAGAGGCCAAGAAGGAAGAAGCUGCCAAGAUGGAGGAAUCAAAACCAGAUUCUCCAAAGGCUGAAUCCCCUAAGUCUGAAUCACCAAGACCUGCAUCUCCUAAGUCUGAAUCACCUAGACCUGUAUCUCCUAAGUCUGAAUCACCUAGACCUGUAUCUCCUAAGUCUGAAUCACCUAGACCUGUAUCUCCUAAGUCUGAAUCACCUAUACUUGUAUCUCCUAAGUCUGAAUCACCGAGACCUGGAUCUCCUAAGUCUGAAUCACCUAGACCUGGAUCCCCUAAAUCUGAAUCACCUAGACCUGGAUCUCCUAAAUCUGAAUCACCUAGACCUGAGUCCCCUAAAUCUGAAAUACCUCGACCCGAUUCCCUUAAAUCAGAUUCUCCCAAGCCUGCCUCUCCUAAAUCUGAGUCCCCCAAAGAAGGCUCACCAAAGCCUGGAUCCCCAAAACCCAGCUCCCCAAAAACCGAGUCCACCAAGUCAGACUCCUCAAAACCCGAAUCUCCAAAAGCUGAAUCCCCAAAGACCACCAAGUCUGAGGCCCCAAAAGCUGCUGAAGAGAAGUCUGAGGAAAAGAGUGACCCAAUAAAUGACAAGGACAUGGAAAAGAAAGAUGGUGCCAAGACCGUUGACGGAGACAAGAGCAGCCCAGAAGAGAAAGAGAAGAAGGACGAGGGAAAAGAAGACGGCGUGAUCGCUAACGGGGUGGACGAAAGUCCCGUCAAGGAAGACGCCAACCAGAAAGUGGUGGUUACCAAGACUGUGGAAACGAUUACCACCGGAGAAGAUGGGUCCAAGCACGUCACAAAAUCUGUCACUGUGACCGAGACGAUGAAGGAAGAAGUGGAAGAGGUGGUGCAGGAGAAGCUGGUAUCCACCAAGAAGACGGAGAAGCUCUCCACCCAGUCCAUCAAGCAGGUGACAGAGGGAGAAUAAGCAGACUACGGGUCAGAGGAGAAGAAGCAGAGAUCAUGUCAGAACAUUACAAAAGAAAAAACAUCAUACAGCUAGAGCGAUGUAAUAAAGAUAACCACUCGCAAACAUACAAAUGACUCAUAGAGAGAAGCCAAAAGUUAAACGCUAUAAAUUUCCCAAAUGCAUGUUGAGUGACAGCUUUAAACGGCGGUGAGGAACUAGUGAGACAUUUUAUCCUCUUUUUCUUUCUUUCUGCAGUUCACGGUGAGCUCAUGCGGGAGGGGUGGGGGGUGGGGGGGUUAUCUCUGCAUGCUAGCUAAGGACACGGGAGAACUUUCCUCACAACUGUAUGUAUGGUAGAAACACACUGUAAAAAGAGUAAAUAUGUAAAAGUAAUAAAUACAUUGUGUGGGGAGGGGUGAGAGGGGAGAGGGAUGAGGGGGGGGGGGGGGGUGUAGGUGGGACAAGCAAGUGUGGAGGUUCCUCUACACAGACAAUUGCUGUACUGAUGAAGCCUUACUUGACAUGUGAUGGUAACAACUGAGCCAAAAAAGAGCAGCAAUAUGAUAAAAAGAUGAACAUAUAGAUCUAGUUAAAGCUUAAGAAUCCUGAAGAGCCUUAAACAUGCUUUUUAUCAGUGUCUAUGUUAUGUUCACCUGACUGCAACUGAAAAAUAAAUAAACCAUAAACUAAUUAGAUUUGUGCAUUCUUAUAUGCAUAGGAUGGACUUGAAUUUAAAUACAGAAAUGAAUGAGGUGCUACUUUUCGCAAUCCCAUGACUUUACUCAUCAUGAACUAUUUCCCAGCAGCAUUUGCUCAAUAAAUGUCAUAAUGAAGUAAAAAACAGA